UAUGGUCCUUUUGUAUCUCAAAGUGGCCUAGAGUACCUGAAUUAUGUCCUAUAUUGUUUUUAUCAGUAUGCACAGCUCUGUCACAGAUUUACUCUCUGAGCUUUACAUUGGUGUAUCAAUUGACAUUGCACGUGUGCAGUUAGAAUACUGUAACUUUGAUCGACAGGUGCCCGUCCCUGUAUGUCAAGUCACGUGACCAAGGAUUAAAGUCGCAAGGUCACAUGACCUGGCAGUGCUGUUUUGUCGCUAAGUACACCUGCCCUAAUUUGAGACGGAGCGACGAGCCUGUUUGUUGUGUUUUGGAAAAAGCCUUUAGAAAAACAGUCAUCUUGUACCGUUUUCUUCUUCUCUUCGGGAUUUUUAUAAAGAUCAAUUAGAUUCCGGGCUGUUUCCACCGAGCUGACUGACGCACGUCAGACCUGUCAAUAAUAGUUCAACGAGGAAGUGCGCUUGAGACAUCGCGCGGGCCGUGUCUACCUUUGGCUUCAUGUCGUAUAUUUAUGUUUCUUUAGUCUCUCGUCCACGUAAUCUAUUUAUUAUUUUAGUCCCAGUGCGAUGUUCAGAGAGAAGUUAGGUUUAUGGUAAAGUAAUUCGAGUUUGAUCGCACUAAACUCUCACAGGUGUUGACACUGUAUCAGGAUGAAUGAGUCUGUGACUGCUAAAGCAAAUUUCAGCACUUUGUCAAUGGAUUCGGAUAAAAACAUGAAUAAUUCCGUUCCUUUGUCAUCAUACUCCGUGCUGUCAAAUAUAACCGGCAUGUCAAACAUAACCGUGAUCAGAUCAAGUAAUGGGACUGAAAUAGUGGGGGACGACCAGCUCUUCCUCAACACCCGCACGGCCCAAGCCUUGUCAGGGAUUUUCGUUUGGUCUGCACUCUUCAUCACCUGUCAUCAGAUAUACCUGCACUUAAGGUCGUACACAGUGCCAAAUGAGCAGCGCUACAUCAUCCGCAUCCUUUUCAUCGUCCCCAUCUUUGCUUUUGACUCCUGGCUCAGCCUGCUGUUCAUCAGUAAUGACCAGUAUUAUGUGUAUUUCGACUCCGUUCGUGACUGUUAUGAAGCAUUUGUGAUCUACAACUUCCUGAGUCUAUCUUUUGAGUACCUUGGAGGAGAAAGUGCCAUCAUGUCGGAAAUAAGAGGAAAACCUAUUCAGUCUAGUUGCCUUUACGGGACGUGCUGUUUGGUAGGAAUGAGUUACUCCAUUGGCUUUCUGAGAUUCUGCAAGCAGGCCACACUUCAGUUCUGUGUUGUGAAGCCCAUCAUGGCUGUCAUCACCAUCCUUCUGCAGGCUUUUGGCAAAUAUCACGAUGGAGACUUUAAUGUAACGGGAGGUUACCUUUACAUCACCAUCAUCUACAACAUUUCUGUCAGUUUGGCUCUCUAUGCCCUCUUUCUCUUCUACUUUGCGACCAGUGACCUUCUGAGACCUUUUGAGCCUGUGCUCAAAUUCCUCACCAUCAAAUCCGUCAUCUUUCUCUCCUUCUGGCAAGGUAUGGUAUUGGCCAUUCUGGAGCGAUGUGGUGUAAUCCCAGAAGCUCUUGUCAUUGAUGGUUAUGAGGUGGGGGCUGGUACAGUGGCAGCUGGUUGGCAGAACUUCAUCAUCUGCAUCGAAAUGGUCUUUGCCGCCAUCGCCCUCCGCUACGCCUUUACCUCCAGUGUUUACCGCGAGAAGAAGAGUGAAGCACCAGAGAAUGUAGCACCUAUGCACAGCAUAUCCAGCGGCCUGAAGGAGACCAUUAACCCUGGAGACAUGGUUCAGGAUGCAAUCCACAACUUCUCUCCGGCUUACCAACAGUACACCCAGCAGUCCACCCAGGAAGUGGUGCAGCCCAACAUGAAUGGCAAGCCUGGGAUCAGCACCUCAAAGAGUUCGAAGAAAUCUGACAAAGUGAUGCUGAUCGACACUGAUGAUGAGCUCUAGUGCCCCGUUUGUCCCGAUCUUUCUAUUUAUUUAAUCCAAAACGAAUUUGACUCUAUAACUUUAAUGAGGACACUAAUCAUGUAAAUCAGCUCAUGAAUUUUAAAAAAGAGAGUUCAGUAAAGGGAUCUGAACAGUUACCUUACAAGGGAUAAGAGUAGACUGUGUCAGGUAGGGGGUUGUUAUGUUUUCCUCAUUGUAGUCCUGGAGCUCAUCCUUUCCUGAUCCUCUGUAGUGGUGGGCGAUCCGGCCUUGUAAUGGAGAGUUCACUUCUCUUCUCUGACCCAUUUUGAGGCAUGGCCAAAAAACAUGAGGCAUGGGGUGCUGUUCAGAUGGAAUGAAUCGGGGACUGACACUUUAGGGAGCCAUUCUUGCAUCUGGUCGUUUGAAGUAUUUGCUCAGCAGCCCUCUGCUUGGUCUCUGGAUGAAUUGAACUGGCUCAUAAAAUGCGCUAGUUUUUUAGAGAUCACACUUCAAACUGUUGUCUGCUGCUCUUUGAAACCUUUGUAUCACACAUGCCACUCGGACAAAGUGGGGGACUGAGCACUGCCCCCGCUUGAUAUGGAGGUUCAUUAAUUUUCACACCAGGCCUUCAAAGAGUGUGAGAUCUGAUGCAAAAAUGCAAGUCUCGGCCAUCAUCGCGUAUUUUAAUUGCAAAUCAUUUGUAUUCCGCCAUUAUUUGGUUGGUUAAAGCUUUAACCUGUGCCACUGUAAGUGUAUAAUGGCACAGGUGUUACUGGGGUGUGUUCGUUUGUUAAUGUUAAAUUAUCUUGUUUAGUUCUCCACUGUUUGCCUUUAAAAGGCAGUUUCCCUUAAUUGUUUGUAAACAGUCCAAAAUGAAAUGCAUAUAGUUAAUUAUCAUACCAAGCUAUUGAAAUGUUUAUUUACUACGUAUUACCACAAAGUCCUGGUCAGUACUAUCCAAACAGAAUUUAAAGUUUUUGAAGCCCUGUCUUUUGAAGUUUCUGAGCACUGUGCAUUGAUAGAGAAUUGUUUUUAAAAUAUCGGUUGAUGUAUUUGUUAAUCUGAUUAAACUACAGUAGUUACUUUGUUUUGCAAAUACUUUUAGCAAAGAAAAGGACUUCAAAAUGCAACAGCCUAUGUUUUGUGAUUCAGAGUUGCUCUCUUCCCUUUAUAGACAAAAUAAGUUGACUUAUUUUGUCUAUAAAAUAUCCAUACUUGUAAACUUUGUUAAAUGGAUAUUAAGAGGCAGCAUUAUGCGAGUAGGACUUGUGCCAAUGAUUGCUGCCUUGCAGCUGUGAAUGAAGGAAUUGAAGUGUGUAUAGCCUAUCAGUGUGAAUCAGAGUAUAUGUGGACCUAGUCAUCUGUAAACAGAUACUGGAUACUGAUAUUUUAGCUACCUGUACAGUUGAUUUUGUUGACUACAUCUUAUAAGAAAUAAAUGAUGAAAGGGA